AUGGCGCCAAUAAACAGAGAAGAACGUCGACGGAUCCCACUGACGGCAUUCGCCUUGGUCACUGUCCCGGAUGACCCAAUGCUGUCUGUGUAUCUGAGAGAGAUGGAAGCGAUUGAUAUCAGUAUGGAGCAGAGAAUGUGCGGCGCAACCCUCGAGGCACGCUCAAGCUCUUGCGCCAUGGCCAAUGGCCCGUCCCCACCGCGCCAUGUUGACAAUCCCUCAAUGAACAAAGACAACCUCACGGGCAAAGUUCAAGCUUCCGGGAUUGAGCUCGAGCUCGAUAAAUUCAUGGCCUCUCUGACGGCAACAGUGUCGCCGGAUGCCGUCAUCAAGACCAUCGCUUCGACCAAGGGUAUGCAUAUUCACCGGAGGAGCGAAACAGACCAUCGCAAGAUUUGA